AUGAGAGAUUAGGCCCAAUGGUUCAAAAGGAAAUGGAGAUGCAAGAAAUUCAGGCUGGAAAUCAGGGUUUGGAGAGUUACGAUGAUAUUCCAGAAGAAGAUGACAUGAUUGUAAUUGAAUAAAUGUUGUUUACGGUGAAGGCGGAAUGAGAGAGUCCCGUGGAGAUUACAUUUACUCUCCUUAUUCUGAAGUAAAAGAAAAUCAAUCACUGAUUGACAGAGACGGAGACGGAAUUGAUAACAUUUUUGAAAGUUCUGAAUGUGGGAAACAUUUAGAAAAUAAUUCUUAUCUCUCCACGCACAAGAGAAUUCACAUAAAUGAAGAGCCGUUUGUAUGUAUAGAAUGUGGGAGAUCAUUUACUCAUAAAUCUGGUCUUUUGAUGCAUCAAAGAAUUCACACAGGGGAAAAGCCGUUUCCAUGCUUGGAAUGUGGGAAAUCUUUUACUAGGAAAUCACACCUUGUUGGACAUCAGAGAAUUCACACGGGAGAGAAACCAUUUCCUUGUUCAGAAUGUGGGAAAUGUUUUGUGAAAAAAUCUAAUCUCGUGGAACAUCUGAAAACUCAUACAGGGGAGAAACCAUUUUCAUGUUCAGAAUGUGGUAGAUGUUUUACUCAGAAAGCAGAUCUUAUUAAGCAUCAAAGAACUCAUACAGGAGAGAAGCCCUUCUCUUGUCCUGAAUGUGGAAAAUGUUUUACUCAGAAAUCAAGUCUUGUAAAACAUCAGAGAAAUCACAAAAGAGAUAAGCCAUUUUCGUGCUUUGAAUGUGGUAAGUGGUUCAAGAGAGAACCACAUCUUGAGAGGCAUCAACGAAUUCACACAGAAAAGAAACCAUUUUCAUGUUCAGAAUGUGGGAAAGGUUUUAGUUUGAAAUCAUGCCUUUUUAAACAUCAGCGAAGUCACACCGGGGAGAAGCCAUUUUCAUGUUCUCUAUGUUUGAAGCGCUUUGUUCGGAAAUCAAAUCUUGUGCAACAUCUGACAACUCACACAGGGGAGAAGCCAUUUUCAUGUACAGUGUGCGAGAAAUGUUUUAAGCAUAAAUCGAGUCUUAUCGAACAUCUAAGAAGUCACACAGAGGAAAAGCCGUAUUCUUAGUUGGAAUGUAAGAAAUGUUGUAGUCAGAAAUUAGUUCUUGAUAGAAAUCAGAGAGAAGCCGUGUCCUGAAUGGGAAAAAAAGUGAGUUAGUCAAAAAACAAGUCUUGUUUAUCAAUGAAAAGAUCACACAAGGGGGGCAGUAUGCAUGUGCACAGUGUGUGGGAAAUGUUUAUCCAAAAGUCAGGUCUUGUGGAUGUCUUUGACCUCACUCAGGAUUAAAGCAAUUAGGACUGUAGGACUUACAGGUCUAGCUGAAAUGUAGGAAACAAUUACUGGUCAAUCAGAUUUAACCCAGUUUUGGACUAAAAGGGCUCUCUUAAAAUGAGGAGCACUCCAACAUCAAGUAAAAAUGCUGGAGAAGCAUAUACUUAUCUCUCCGCCCCAGUUCUGAAACCAAAAAUCUAUUCGCUUUGGGGUUAUUAGUCCUGUACUAAAAGUCCCAGAAUGCAUUGUUUUCCCUUAGCUCUUCAUCACUGUUCUUUGUGGAUAUGGAAUCCUCUCCCCUAUCACGUCGUCCUACUAAAUCCUGUGUGUGAGCAGUUGCUCAGUACUACAAUUCCUAGAAUGCAUUGAUUCCUCUUGCUUUAUUACCUGC